AUGCCAAAGACGCUGCAGUCCCAGCCGCCCUCCCCAGUCAAGCAGCCAGCCAAUGCCCCUGCCCCUGACAAAUUAGACAAGAUGUCCGAAAUCACUCUCAGAAAGAAGAACGCUGACGCUCAGGCUGCUUUCCGUGCACGCCGUGCCAACUAUAUUGCCACCCUCGAAGAGACAGGUCCGUCUGCUGCUAAGUACCUAAAUAUUCAUGUUCCGACAACUAAGUGUCUUCCAGUCCUCAUGGGUCCAGGAGAGGUCCGGUCCUGGGUCCAUCAUUUUGAGAAAUUUCCCGGACCGAUGGACUCGUCCGACCCGGACUGGACUCCGGACCUGAAUAACCUGAACUAA